AUGUCGUGUCUUUGUAUAACAAUUUCGGUGAUUUUAAGUCUUCUUGCGGUAAUAAUUGUAAUUACUGUACCGGUUUUACUAACACUACAUUCGAAGCAGAAACCAUUAAAUUCAACGGAGAAUUUUGUUAAAGUCAACCAAAUGAAACAGGAAAUUAGGAAAUCAGAAUUUCUCAACAGUUUGGAUGUAUUUGGUGAUAAACUUUUCCACGAAUUGGUUGCGGAAAAUCCUGGAAAAAGCAUAUUCUUUUCAUCAUUCUCCAUACAAACAUGCCUUACAAUGACCCGCAUGGGAGCUGUGGGUCAAACAUCCCUGGAAAUGGAUACCUGCUUAAAUAUCACUGGCAAGUCGCUGGAUAGUGUUGCCCAUAAAUAUCACGAACUCUUGCAAAAAUAUGAAAACAAUUCCCUGCUAAAAGUAGCCAACAAAAUGUAUGUCAUGGAAAAUCAUAACGUAAAAGAGGACUACAAUAAAUCGUUGGCCCAGAGUUUCUUCGCCACAGUGGAAAAUAUAGAUUUUUCUAAAAGCGAUAUUGCAGCCUCUGCUAUAAACAAAUGGGUGGAGCAUAGCACCGAUGGCACAAUCCGAAAUCUUGUAUCAUCAACCACAUUAAAUUCGGAUACAAGGAUUUUUCUUCUAAGUGCCAUUCACUUCAAAGGUGAAUGGCUUACUGAAUUCCCCAGCGAAGCCACCAGCCAACAAGAUUUCUUUAUCAACAAUCCGAAUACAGUCAUAAAGCUGCCAAUGAUGUAUAAAAGAGAACUAGCAUAUUAUAAUAUAUUUCCCGAGUUAAAUGCCACAGCAUUACGUCUACCCUAUAAAAAUUCCGAUCUUUCUAUGUUGAUUCUUUUACCGAAUGCUUUGGAUGGUUUGACGGCCUUGCAGGAAAAACUGAAAGAUAUUUCAUUUGCAUCAAUUGCAAAUCAAAUUGCGGAUCGUACAUAUGUUCAGAUUUAUUUACCGAAAUUUCGAACUGAAUUCGAAAUGGAAUUAAAGGGUGUUCUGUCAAAGAUGGGCAUGAAAACGAUGUUCAAUUCUGGUGAAUUCGGUGGUAUGCUAAAAUCAGCCGAACCAAUGCAAAUUUCAAAUGUCAUACACAAGGCAUUCAUUGAAGUUGAUGAGAAGGGCACUGAAGCUUCGGCUGCAACAGAGUUGAAAACGCAAGAUGUGGGGUAA